AUGUCUGCCAACCUUGAUAAAUCUCUUGACGAUCUCGUCGGCAGCCGUCGCCAGACCGCUCGCCACACUGCUCGUCGCCGUGGUGGUUCCCGCCGCGCAGCGACCAAGGCACCCACCGUUGGAGGUGUGAAGAAGUCUACCAAGGCGACUCCUAAGCCUGCUCACCCGGCCCCUGUCGCCCAGACUGGAUCCAGCAAGAUUCUUGUCAGCGGAUUGCCUUCCGAUGUGUCCGAGGCCAAUGUCAAGUCUGCUGGCCCCGUUAGGCGCGUCAUGCUCACCUACAACCAGAAUGGCACUAGCCGUGGCAUCGCCUCCAUCCAAUUUAACAGGGCUGACACUGCUGCCAAGGCUACCAAGGAGCUCAACGGACUCCUCGUCGAUGGCCGCCCCAUGAAGAUCGAAGUUGUCUAUGAUGCUUCUCACGUUCCUGUUAUCCCUGCCUCCAAGCCUCUUACUGAGCGCAUUGCUCAGAAGGCUCGGCCCAAGUCCGCCGCUGCCCCCAAGGCCAAGGAAACCAAGACCCCUACUGAGAAGACAAACCGUCGUGGAAAGGGCCCUGCUCGCCCUCGUGGCCGCAACGCCGGCCGCGGAAAGCCCAAGACUGUCGAGGAGCUUGAUGCUGAGAUGAUUGAUUACUUCACCAACGAUGCGCCCCCUGCCGAAGGCACUGCUCCUGUCAACGGCACUGUCCCCCAGGCCAGCGCCAGCCAGGACAUCGGCAUGGCUGACGAAAUCUCCUAA